AUGAGGAGACUACCUACUCUGUCCAAGGCCUCUCUCGCAUUACCAUCGCGGCGGGCUCUCCCCUCCCACCCACUCUCGCGGCCCCGAAAAUGGCUGCUCCCUCGUGAUUUCCCCUACUCAUCCGCCGCGCCCGCUCUCUCCCCGUCUACGCCGACGCGCCUCGACGACCAUCUCAGCGAUGCUCGUGUCAAUGGCGCACCGAUCCUCUACCCGAACCUGCCGUUCCGCUUCGAGACGGGCCUCGGCCUCUUCGCCAAGCGGUCCCCGCGGCCCUUCCCCCCGCCCUUCCUGUCGCCGCCGAGCGGCUCCUUCAGCGACCCGCUGAGCACGCACCACCGCAGCCGCGACCGGCGCGCCUUUGUCAACGGCGAGCUGAUCCAGGGCUGGACCAACGGCGACGACGCCGUGCUGGCCAGCGACUACUUCAUCGGCGCCGACGACGGCGUCGGCGCCUGGGCCACCCGCCCGCGCGGGCACGCCGGGCUGUGGGCGCGCCUGAUCCUGCACUUCUGGGCGGCCUCGCUGUACGAGGACGCGACGAGGCCGCGCGGGCCCGACGAGGAGUACACGCCCGACCCCGUGCGGUACCUGCAGACGGCGUACGAGCAGACGGUGGAGGCGACGAGCGAGCCGAACGACUGGCUCGGCACGACGACGGCGACGGGCGCGCAGCUGCACUACCGGCUGAGCGAGCACGGCAACGACGGGGAGAGGAACGCGGACAGGGACGUCACGCCCCUGCUGUACGUGACGAACCUGGGCGACUCGCAGGUCAUGGUGGUCCGGCCGAGCGCGCAGGAGAUGGUCUUCAAGACCAAGGAGCAGUGGCACUGGUUCGACUGCCCGAGGCAGCUGGGCACCAACAGCCCGGACACCCCCCAGGACAACGCCGAUGUCACAGUCCUGCCCAUCCAGGAGGGGGACGUCGUGCUGGCCAUGACCGACGGCGUCAUCGACAACCUGUGGUCGCACGAGAUCGUCGAGAACGUGAGCAAGAGCAUCAAGCGGUGGGAGUCGGGCGAGGGCGUCGACUCGCACGACAAGAGCGACCGGACGGGCGGGCUGGGCGGGAUGACGUUUGUUGCUGAAGAGCUCAUGGUGGCUGCCAAGGCGAUCGCCCUGGACCCGUUUGCUGAGAGCCCGUUUAUGGAACAUGCUAUUGACGAAGGGCUGCCGAGUGAAGGAGGCAAACUCGACGACAUCAGCGUGGUGGCUGCGCUGUGCACCCGGAAUAGGAGCUGGGACGGGCAAUGA